UGGAGGCAACUAACAUCGAAUUUUGGAAGGGAAAGACUUAUCAAAGAAAUUCCGAAUUCAAAUUGCGGCACGCGACAUCGAAAAGUCUAAAAGUUAUUUAUCCUUCUUCUUUUCAAUUUUCUCGCCUUCUAACUUGUUUCUGUUCUACGGAGCCGUUGUAACUUCAAUAACAAAAUAAUCUGUCGCGAUUUGAAUUUGAUGGCAUUGAUUCUUAUAUAGCUCGUCGUUCCCUCGAAUAAAAUCUGAGCGUUCGUUCCGUUCGUCCCCUCUUCGUCGCAAUUAUCGAUAUAGACCGGCCAAUGUGGUCAUUCGGAACGACUAUGACCAUGGCGAAGGACAGAGAGCCUUCACAUGCUUCCGCACAAGAUCAGCCUCUUCAAUCCUCUCGACCCUCCCAACCUCUUCAGAAUACAAUAACACCACCCGAACCUCGACCGUCGAUAUUCUCGCAACGUUCACUGAAACAAUUGGGCUUGUUCUUUGCUGGAGCUGGCUUUCUUACUCUCUCGACCCUAAUCACAAGACGAGCAGUAGUUAGGAAACGUAUAGCGACGAUACCUAAAUUUUACAAUCAGAGCAAUCGAACCGUCGACAAAAUGCAAUCCGAUAGUUCUUUAAUCGCUCUCGAGGCACUAAAUCUUGCGACACUUAAUGUUAUGGGAUUUGGUAUCAUGGUUACUGGUGGUCUAUCAUGGGCGUUUGACGUCUCGAACAUUGACGACCUAAGGCGGAUGGCCCGGGGACAUAUUGGCCCUGACGGUGGCCGAACCGACGAGGAGGCAGAGCGGGAGGUCGAGGAAUGGGUAGCUAAAGUUUUGUUGAGAAAAGAACCAAAAGAACAAGAGGCCAAACCGCCACCCAAAAAGGACGGUUAACUGUCCUGAGCAAUUCAAGCUGUUAAGAGAAUAAUUCCAGUGCCUAGAGCAUCCGUGCUACUCGAUAUCGGCAGUCGAUGACAUGCGUAUUCGCUGGCAUCACAAUUCGAAGCUCCUUCACCGGUGUAUUAUUAAC